AUCAAUAUUAUCUCAACAACAAACCCGAUUUUUCCUUGAAAAAAGAAAAUGAUUUCUUUGCACCGUCAAAUCCUUUUCAAAAUAAACAAACCUGUUUCGACAAGUCUGAUUCAACGUUUGUCUGGUCAGAGUGGCAGUACGGAUGGGCAGUCCACACCCGCACCACCCCCGCCAUCCCCACCCCCCUCUGCAGAAUCCAAGGCUGAUUCAGACAACACCACAUAUAAAGUAAAGGAAUACUAUGGAUAUAAUGCCUAUUCAUUCUACGACAUUGACAAGGAUAUGUCGAAAUUCAGGAACCCGCAACCAUCAAAAUACACUUCAACGGAACCUGCUAAACAAUAGACUAGCGAGUUUAUUACGGUUGAAAAUUGGUAUUUAGUUAUAAUUGUUUGUUAAUAUUAAAAUUGAAAAAUAAAAUACAACAAACUCA